UUAUUUUAUCGAGCAUUUCCUUAUGUGCUUCUUUUUUGCCUCGCUGGGAACGUUUUUCUUUUUAGUUCAUCCGGAACGUCACUCUAUUUGGCGUGUUUUUAUAAAAACUACAUAAACAAAUUAAAUAUGAAUAGUUUAAAUAUACCAACUGAUUUUGGUCCAGAUUCUGGCGGUAGAGUUAAGGGUUUGACCAUAGUUAAGCCAAUUGUUUAUGGAAAUAUAGCCCGCUCAUUUGGUAAAAAGCGUGAAGAAGACGGGCACACGCAUCAGUGGAAAGUCUAUGUGAAACCCUACCACAACGAGGACAUGUCUGUUUAUGUGAAGAAAGUGCAUUUCAAGCUGCACGAAAGCUAUGCAAAUCCCAAUCGUAUAGUUACCAAACCUCCGUACGAGAUAACUGAGACCGGUUGGGGUGAAUUUGAAGUUGUCAUCAAAAUCUAUUUUCAUGAUCCAACCGAAAGACCAGUUACAUGUUAUCACAUUCUCAAGUUAUUCCAAUCACCUAUUGUUGAUGGUGAGCUUUCGGCAACUACUAUGGACCCAAAGAAAGGAUUAGUUUCAGAAUCCUAUGAAGAAAUUGUUUUUCAAGAGCCCACCCAAUUGAUGCAACAUUUCCUAAUGAAUGUACAGCCCUUGACGAACGGUCCUUACACUCAUGACACUGACUUUGAAACAAAGAAACAAAAGACAUUGGAAAAUAUUAUUGACGUAAAACAGAAAGUGAAAGGCGAAAUUAAUACGUUAAAGGAUAAACUGAAAUUGGCCAGAGAAACAAUAGCAAAGUUCAAGACUGAGUUGUCAAAAGUACAAAAACCGCCAAAUGCGUGAAAAAGAUUUUUUUAUUUUUAGCUCUAUAUUUCUUUAGUAAUAACUUAAUUUUUAAUAAACUAUUUAGAAUUACUACAAACUAA